AUGGAUAUAUGGGGCGAUCGUCAUAAAGCAUCCGGCUUCUUUGUCAAUGAUCUCUUGAAAAUCGAUAAAGAAGCUGCUCUGUUGGUGGAAUGUAAGGAUGUCGAUGACGAACUGGACAUUCUCGCGAGUCUGCUUCGACAACAGAGACAGGUCCUAGGCGACCUGGACGCCACCCUCCGAGACUUCAAGAAUAUGUCCCAGUCCGACCAAUUCGACCUAUACAACAAAGUCGGCGAGCAGCAGCGACUGGUCGUUCUGGACAUUUCGGAUCUCGGUCGCGUGGCACGGCAAGCUAGAAGUGUCAAUGAUAAUUUGACGCAAGUCUUGGUGCUCAAGCAGAAGCACGCCAAUGUUGUAGAAGGAGAGGCUCAGCGCAAGCAGGCCGAAGAGGCUGUAAGGCAGCGGCAAACAAUCAUGGUGUUCACGGUGGUUACCAUUGUUUUCCUGCCGCUUAGCUUCCUUUCGAGCUUUUUUGCAAUCGAUAUCAUUUAG